AGAGUAGAAACAAAGCGAAGACGUUGCCGUUAACGCGUUUAGCUCUAAAAGUCUUUCCCACCGAACCGGGACCGAACGCUCCAUCAUGGCUAACGAUGUUUAUGCUCCAACAACCGUUUCGGACCCCAAACCGUCCUUCUUCAGGAUUCCGUCGGACCUUUUGGACAAGUCUCGAUUCUUUGUGAAGCUCCUGGAAGUGCUCCUGUCCUUCGUGACCUUCGUCCUGGAGGAGACCAUCAGCAGCUGCCUGAGAUGUUCUCCUCUCUACUUCUUUGAGUUUGUCAGCUGCUCGGCCUUCCUCUUCACCGGCCUGCUCCUCCUCCUCCUCUCCACCUGCCUGCACGAGAAGGUCGGCAUCAGCUGUUGGCCCAAAGUGGACUUUGUCUACACGGCCCUCAUCGCGCUCCUCUUCCUCAUCUCGUCCAUCGUCUUCGCGGCGGAGAACGGUGGCUCCAGCAAGGAGAUCAUCUCUGUGGUGUUUGGGAUCCUGUCCUUCAUCAUGUUUGUUGCUGACCUGGUGUUCUUUGUGAGAUCAAGUGGGUUCCCCUUCAAGAAGGAGCAGAACACGGAACCCACCAGCGGCGGCCCGGCCCAACCGGAGGAGCAGAAACUGAACCCGCCGCUCGCCAACGGAGCCGAUUAGUCCUUCCUGUUCAGUUACGCCGUAUUUACCCGUCGCCUGGUGGGCGGAGCUUCAGCUGCUGUUGGUU